CUCCCCAAACUCCGCCCAGCCCAGUCCGCCAGCUUCCGUGGCGGCAUGGAGGUGGCGGGCCCGCGGCGGGCAGGCGUUCGGCGAGUGGAGGAGGGGGAUCGCGUGGUGGUGUACGAGGCGCGGGACGCCAUGCGCAUCGCCACCGUCACGCCCAGCCGCUCCCUGCAGAACCGCUUUGGAGUGUUCCGGCACAGCGAGUGGGUGGGGCAGCCGGUGGGGUCGCGGGUGCGGGCGGCCAAGGGAGGCGGCUUCGUGCACCUGCUUGCACCCUCGCCCGCCCUCUGGACCAAGGUGCUACCGCACCGCACGCAGAUCCUCUACCUGCCGGACAUCGCGCUCAUCAUCGCCCGCCUGGCUGUCACGCCCGGCGCCACCGUGCUGGAGAGCGGCACCGGCAGCGGCAGCCUGUCGCACUCCCUCGCCCGCGCCGUGGCGCCCACCGGCCGCCUGCUCUCCUUCGACUUCCACCACGCCCGUGCGGAGCAAGCCCGGGCGGAGUUUGAAGCCAAUGGCAUAGCGGGCGUGGCCAGUGUGCAGGUCAGGGACAUCCAGGGCCUCGGCUUUCCCCCUCACCUGCAUGCCUCCGCGCACGCCGCCUUCCUGGACCUGCCCUGCCCCUGGCUCGCCCUGCCCUCCGCCGCCGCGUGCCUGCUGCCGGGCGGGCGGCUGUGCUCCUUCUCGCCCUGCAUGGAGCAGGUGCAGCGCUGCUCCCAAGCCAUGCGCGCCCACGGCCUCACCG